AUGCUUCGCAAUACCGUGUUGAAUUGGAAGAGUCCGUUGCAGAAUCCACCUGAUGAAAGAAUAGUAGAUGCUGACACGUCCACGGAUGAGACAACGACGAAGGCAGCCACCGCAGAUUCAGCUACGUCGUCUCCACCACAGGAAAACGCUGAGGAUACAGAGGGCAUGUGGGAGGAAUCGUACGGCGGUCACACGGACUCCAAGAAAUACGGGCCUGAAUCGGUUGCUCUUGACAUCAACUUCAUUGGCUUCACGAAUAUCUACGGCAUACCGGAGCAUGCUGACAAUUUCGUGCUGAAAGAUACGAGCUCUUCUGAUCCAUACCGACUGUACAAUUUGGAUGUGUUCGAAUACGAAGUAUACAACGAGAUGGCACUGUACGGUUCUGUACCAUAUAUCAUGGCUCACAAUGUUCUGUGGCUGAACGCUGCGGAAGCGUGGAUCGACGUGAGAAGAGGCACGGUGGACAAGAACAUCCUGCAGAACUUGUGGCAUUACAUCACAGCUUCGCCGGAAAUUCCGGAAAUAACAACACAUUGGAUGUUUGAAUGCGGAAUCAUCGACCUGUUCGUUCUCUUUGGUCCAACGCCUUCUGAUGUUUUCCAUCAGUAUUCCAGUCUGACGGGUGUGAUGCCUUUACCACCGCUCUUUUCUAUUGCCUACCAUCAGUGUCGGUGGAACUACAACGACAUGGACGACGUCUCAAAGGUCGACGCCGGUUUCGACGAGCAUGAUAUACCUUAUGACGUUCUUUGGUUGGACAUCGAACACACGGAUGGCAAAAAGUAUUUCACAUGGGAUCCGGUCAAAUUUUCCGAGCCGCUGAAAAUGAUUUCGGCAUUAUCUGCUAAAGGGCGAAAGAUGGUGGUCGUCAGUGAUCCCCAUAUCAAAAAAGACGAAAACUGGAAUCUGUACCUCGAGGCACUCCAGAAGGGUUAUUACGUCAACGCGUCAGAUGGAAAGGUAUUCGAUGGCUGGUGCUGGCCAGGUGCUUCUGUGUACCCUGAUUUCGUCAAUCCGGAAGUCCGGAACUAUUAUUCUUCUAAGUUCUACCUUGAAAAUUAUCCCGGUUCUACUGAAGAUUUGUUUAUCUGGAAUGAUAUGAAUGAACCAUCGGUGUUUAAUGGACCAGAAGUGACCAUGCCCAAAGAUUGCUUGCAUUUUGGUGGGUUGGAACACCGCGAAAUUCACAACAUAUUCAGUUUGUAUCAUCAUAUGUCAACGUUCAAAGGAUUGUACGACAGAAGUAAAGGCAAAUUGAGGCCGUUUGUCCUCACUCGGGCGUUUUUUGUUGGCAGUCAGCGAUAUACAUCAGUUUGGACCGGUGACAACACAGCUGACUGGAAACACAUACAGGUUUCGAUUCCUAUGACGCUGACGCUUAGUCUGUCCGGUAUUCCGUUCGUCGGCGCCGACGUUGGUGGCUUUUUUCUGAAUCCCGAUGAGGAAAUGCUAGUUCGUUGGUACCAGGCGGGAACCGUGGCUUUUCUCAGACCGAACCACGGCACAUAUCGACUUGAUUUUUUGCCUGAGACGCUCAAAUGUUUCAGGCGUUGUUGUUUUUGUGGUCUUUUUAGGUACACUUUGUUUUACGAGCAUUCGCUGAGUGGAAAGCCCGUGAUUCGGCCUUUAUGGGUUGAGUUUCCUCAAGAUGUUUACACGUUUGACGAAGAACGACAAUAUAUGAUCGGUAAUUUACUUAUGGUCAGGCCCAUUACUGAACCUGGUGUGACGUCAGCAAGUGUGUAUCUCCCCGGCAAAAGAUUGGUAACUUUUCCUUUGCCGUCUCCGGGUGCUACCAAAGUCGAUGCCCCUCUUGACAAGAUCCCAGUUUUCAUUCGUGGCGGCACCAUUUUGCCGGUAGCGGAAAGAAUCAGACGUGCAUCGAGCCUGUCGCGACAUGAUCCUUUGUCGCUUUACGUAGCACUAAACCUUGACGCUGAUCAAGCAAACGGUACGUUGUACUUGGACGACGGGGCGACUUACGGUUACAGGAACGGCGAGUUCAUCUAUCGACUUUUCGAAAAUUUUGACCCUCAAGGCAAGAUGACCUCAGACGUGUGGAUAGAAAAAAUCUGGGUGUUCGGUCUAAGGUUUUAUCCUCGCGUAGUGCAUCUGUUUUACGAAGACUAUAAGGCGCAUCCUCUGGAUUUUAACUAUGAUAACAAGGCAAUGAUUUUAACCAUCCGAAAGCCAAAGACAUUGCUUCACAAAGACUGGAAACUUGACAUUCAUAGCUGA